AUGGCGCACCGGGAUCUGCGUCUUCUCCCUUGCUCCUCCUCCUCGGCAGGGAAACUACGUCGAGUCUCGAACCCUCCUCCUCCUCCGAUCAGCAAACUGGUAGGCGAUCUUCUCUUAGAAGUUCUGAUUCGCGUCCCGGACCCGAGGUCCGCCUUCCGCUGCAAACUGGUCUGCAAGCGGUGGAACUCCCUGAUCUCACAACCCUAUUUCAAUCGCCGUUUCGUCUCUCAUCACCAGAGGAUGAACCAAUCUCUGCUUAUUCCCUCACAGGAUCGCGAAUCCGUGAUCUUGAGCUUCCUCCCCAUGCCUGGUUAUUUUGCUGAAUCGUCUUUCCAUGUCAUUGAUUGCUUCAAGGACCUGGUUCUAUGCGGAUUUUGGGCCUCGCCCGACACUGACCCCGGAAUCGUCAGGUCUUGGUUUGUCUGCAAUCCGUUUACCAAGCAAUGGGUAGCCCUUCCUUUAAUGCCUAACAGGUCAAUGGAAGAACGUGGUGGAUUGAUUGCGAGGUUAGUUUGUGAACCUCGUUCGAAUCCCGAGCUUGAUCUGGGAGAUGACCAAGUAUUUGUUCACUCCGAGUAUCGGUUCCGGGUGGUGUGUAUGUAUUCUGCUGUGGGCGAGUCUACAAAACUAGACGUGUUUUGUUCCGAGUCUGGAGCCUGGACUGAGGGGGCUCUUGUCCUUGACAGUGAUCUUAUUAUAUAUCGCGAGGAAGUAGUUUCGUGCAACGGCAGGCUCUUUUGCUGUGCCCAGGAUGCUGGUCCAAGGCUUGAUGCUGCUCCGAUUCUUGGGGUUGAUGCUUUCCACCUCGAUCGACCUCCAUUCCGUGUGGAUGGUCAUCCUGGAUUCGAGUGGAAGCAUUUUCACAUCUCGGCCUCGCAAGGUGUUUUGCACGUAGCUCGGCUUGAUAAGAACCUUGGUGCACUUCCCUUGUUGACUGUUUGGAGACAGGAUGAGGGCGGCGACGGGCAACAUAGUUCAUGGAGUGAGCUAUAUCAAGUGUCGUUGUCAAAAUCGUGCUGCUUCGUUGCCUGUUUGCAUCCAGACGACCCAGAAAUUGUCUUCUUAGAGAAUCAUGUCAGUGCGGAGAUACUGUAUCGCGAUGUGAGGACGGGGGAGGAAGGCGUCUUUGAUAGCUUGUCAUUUCGAUGGAGGCUGUUCCAGCCUAGGAUUUCCUGCUGGCCUACCCCAAUUCCAAACUACGGAAAACUCCGAGGUGCUUACGAUGGAAGCUACGACUGUUGGGUUAAACAGACCAGCCGCCAAGCUGCUCCUGCUCCUGCUCUGCCCCUCAGAAUCUAA